GCGGUGAUAUGUGUGUGUGUGUGUUGAUUCAUCAUCUCACAAGCAGAUGAGCGUCACAGCUGUAUAUAAGGUGCAGCACACCUGCUCAGCGAUAACAACUACGAACCUCGGCCAGCUGACCUCAGCCUCUAACCAAAGUUCAGGUGCCUUUGAGCUACUCCUCAGCAUGUUCCCCAGGAGAGAGGCUGCUGAUGCCCAGGCAAAAGGCGGCCCGCCCGCUUCCUUGGCUCUCCUCCUCUUCCUCCUGCUGCUCCUCUUCUCCUCCUGCAGCCUCAGCGACGCACACAGCACCACAGUGGAGCACGACUUCCACAUUGUUCACAAUGUCGACAACAGAAGUCCGGAGAUAGACCCCUUCUGGUACGUGGGCCGCGGCGUGAGACCAAUCGGUCGCUUCGGGAAGCGGCACAGCGACGUGGCGGUGCGGCCCGUCGUCAGGACGCUGGAGCUGAUCCUCAACAGUCUGCGGAGCAAGGACAACCUGGACACGGUGCUGCGUGGGGAAGAUGGAGACUGGUUACCAUGACAACAGCCAUGUCUGAAACACCCAACAAACUUUUGUUCCAUGAUGAUGACACUCUCCUACCAUGUUUCUCUCCCUUAAUUUAAAUUAAAUGUAUAUUCUUGAAUAAACAUGAACCUACUGAGCGUGACACUACUUUUGGCAACAACAAAGAGUGUUAAAGUUGCAAAUUUUAUUUAGUUCAUGAUACAUCUUUCUCCAGGUGCACAGAGGCACACGGAUAAUUUUUUUUUUUGCAUGUUAAUACUUUCCCCAACAUGUCACAUGAUGUCAACAAACAACUGCACAUAAAGUGAACACUGUGCAACCUGGCUGGAUUCCAACAGUGACAAACCAGCCGUAUGAGUGUUAUACUACACUGAAAGACUUUGAUUGGGCAAUACACGUUAUUCUAUAUCAUAUCCAACUUUUUCCACGCACAAAUUCUCAGAUGACGAUACAAAAAUACAGGACACUGAUGAUUGGACCCUUGUAGCUGUGCUUGGCGUCUAUACUGUACAUCGUUCAAAGUAAAACCAAAAGCAUGCUUAUUUUCUAUUCGUUUUUUAAAACAUCAACACGCCGGUAAUCAAUGUGCAAAAAACACAUGGAAUGGAAGUAUCUGUAAUAUAAAAGGUGGCGGAGCAAGCGCACAGAGGUCCAGUUUGGAAAUCAACCCUGCUGCACUCAUGUGGUUAUAAAUGGAUGCUAUAUGAAAGAGGUAAUAUUCAUGUCAAAUUUUGCAAAAAAUUAAAAACUUGCCACAUUGAUCUUGAACGCAGACUGAAAAUACCUGGAGGCCAUCGAGGAGAAAAAAAAACCUCUGAAUAUGUUUUAA